CUGUUGCCGCGGCGACGCCGGAAGGGGCGGCUCCGCAAGGAGCGUAUCGCUGCUGUGGGCGGCUCCGUAGGAGGUGUAGCGACACAGCGGGCGGGUGUGGGCCGUACGCCACCGGCGCAGCGCGGGGAUGGCGGCGGAGCCGGGCACCAGUGAGGUGCGGCCGCAACACCGCUUCGACCAGGGCAGCCUGGAGCGGUACCUGUGCCGCUGCCUGCCCGGCUUCCCCCAGCAGCCCGCGGGAGCUCUGUCCGUCAGGCAGUACAGCUCAGGACAGUCAAAUCCAACCUUUUAUCUUCAGAAGGGUGUGCAGGCCUACGUGCUCAGGAAGAAGCCCCAUGGUCCCCUUUUACCUAAAGCCCACAAGGUUGACAGAGAAUAUCGUGUGCAGAAAGCCUUAUUUUCAGCUGGAUUUCCAGUCCCUCAACCCCUGUUGUACUGCGGUGACGUUUCUGUCAUUGGAACUGAAUUUUAUGUGAUGCAGCACGUGCAGGGUCGCAUCUUCCGAGACGCCUCACUGCCUGAGGUGGGCCCAGCGGAGCGUUCUGCUUUGUAUCUCGCAAUGAUAGAAACUUUGGCUCAGUUGCACUCCUUUGACUUGCGGUCAUUGGGUCUCCAAGGAUAUGGCAGAGGACCAGGAUACUGCAGAAGACAGGUAUCAACUUGGAAAAGACAGUAUGAUGCAGCUGCUCAUACAGAUAUUCCUGCCAUGAACGAGCUAGCUGAGUGGUUAGCAAACAACUUGCCGCCUGAUGAUAAUGAAGAAGCCCUAAUUCAUGGGGACUUUAGAAUAGAAAACAUCAUUUUUCACCCAACAGAGGCUCGUGUUUUGGCAGUGCUGGACUGGGAACUUUCAACCACCGGUCAUCCUCUAGCAGAUUUGGCAUAUGCUACUCAGUUCUACUUUUGGCCUGCAUCUCUGAAGGGCUUAGGUCAAGGAUCUGUCUUCAAUUUCAAAGACACCAUAGAAAAUCCCUCAUUUGAAGAACUGAUUUCUAUUUACUGCCGCUGCCGGGGUAUUAGCACUACAAUCCCCAACUUGAAUUUUUUUCUUGCUUUGUCAUACUUUAAAAUGGCAGGGAUAUCCCAGGGUGUAUAUGCUAGAUACCUCCUUGGAAAUGCUUCUGCAGAGAAUAGCCAUGAAUUUGCUAAGAUGGUGAAGCCUUUAGCAGAAAAAGGAUUAGAGCUCUCAAAAAGAUUGUCUUUCAGCAGCAUGCAACACAGUGCUUCUGGAGAGUUGUUCUAUCAAAGCAGGAAAGGCCAAGAAAUGCUGCUGAAGAUAAAGCAGUUCAUGAAGCAGCACAUAUAUCCAGCUGAGAAGGAAAUAGCAGAAUACUAUGCUAAACAUGGAAAUACCGAGGAAAAAUGGAAGAAACCGCCGGUGCUUGAGAGACUGAAGGAAAUGGCCAAAGCAGAAGGUCUGUGGAAUCUUUUUCUCCCAGCUGUCAGCGGUCUCAGCCAGCUUGACUAUGCGCUAAUAGCUGAGGAAACGGGGAAGCGCUUCUUUGCUCCUGAGGUUUUCAACUGUCAGGCACCUGACACUGGAAACAUGGAGGUCCUGCACAUGUAUGGGACUGAAGAGCAAAAGAAAGAGUGGCUGGAGCCCCUUCUAGAAGGGACGAUUAGUUCUUGCUUCUGCAUGACAGAACCUGAUGUGGCUUCAAGUGAUGCCACCAAUAUGCAAUGCAGCAUUGAGCGAGAUGGAAAUAGUUAUGUGAUUAAUGGCAAGAAAUGGUGGAGCAGUGGUGCUGGGAACCCAAAUUGCAAAGUUGCAAUUGUAAUGGGCAAAACCAAGAACUCCUCAGCAUCCAGGUACAGGCAGCACAGUAUGAUCAUUGUCCCCAUGGACACCCCAGGAGUGAGGCUGAUACGACCGCUCUCGGUGUUCGGCUACAUGGAUGAGAUCCACGGGGGACAUUUUGAAGUACAUUUUAAUGAUGUGCGAGUACCCGUCUCCAACAUAAUACUGGGUGAGGGAAGGGGGUUUGAGAUAGCGCAAGGUCGGCUCGGGCCGGGCCGCAUUCAUCACUGCAUGAGGUCCAUCGGUGCGGCUGAAACUGCUUUAGAGAUCUUGUGCCAGCGUGCAGCAGAGAGAGAGACUUUUGGGAAGAAAUUGUACCACCACGAAGUUAUUGCCCACUGGAUUGCUGAAUGCCGCCUUAGCAUAGAACAAGCUCGACUGCUUACCCUGAAGACAGCCAGCAAGAUUGACACGUUGGGCAACAGAAAAGCUAGGAAAGAAGUAGCCAUGACCAAAGUGGUUGUGCCUCGAGCUGUGCUUAAGGUGAUUGACUGUGCAAUCCAAGUGUGUGGUGGAGCUGGAGUUUCCCAGGAUUUUCCUUUGGCUUCUAUGUUUGCACUCAUUCGGGCCUUACGUGUGGCAGAUGGACCAGAUGAAGUUCAUCUGUCAACAAUUGCAAGGUGGGAACUACUUGAUCAAUCAAAGAAGCUAAGUGCAAAAAUGUAAUGUGAGUGUAAAGCCCUCUCAUAUGGAUGGGGGAUGACACUGCUCAGUACAAUGCUGUCUAAGCUAAAAGUGAAUGACUACAAAACUUUGAUUCCAGCUUGAAGCAAUAAGUAUUCUCAACCUUUACUCAUGAUUAUUACACUUACUAAUUAUUACACUUUCUGUAAAAUUUUUUAUAAUCCCACAUCUGAAGUAAGCGUACAUGUAAAACAUGUAAACAGCACGAUGUGCCUGGGUUCCUUAUAACAUGGAAUAAAAUCUAUUUUCUAACAGGC